UCCUGAAACCAAACACGUUAGUAAUGCUCCUGUCCAAAACUAGGCCUCAUAUGUCUACAGUGCCAAUUGUCAGGACAGCACAAUAGUCUAUAGAGAGUAACAAUACAUUCCUCUUGCAUGUCCGCUAUAUUAGUUAAGGUUUAAUGUUUUUAUAUUACAUUCCAUUGUGACUGGCCUAGGCUUUAGGGAGAAAUAGUCUAGGCCUAAUUCCAGGCUACACUACUUUAAUGGCAGAAUUUAAGAACAAAUGAAUGUAGACUACAUUUCGUCAAUUGUUUUUACUAAAUGUCGCUAUUAUUUGUGUUCAUACUCUAAAGGCUAAUGCUAAAAGCUAUUAAAGCGUUCACAGAUAAAGAGAGCACGAAGGAGGAGGGGAGGGCGAACGAGUGAGCGGAGAUAAGAGUUUGGUUGGGAUUGUUGGUUGGGGCAGUUGUCGAGAGGUAUUGGCAAUUGCAACUGUGUUACCCCCUGAUAAAACAAUGAAAUUCGUCGUCUCAGCUGCCGAAACAACGGUAGCAUGGUAGCUUUGGAAGGGGGUUCGCAAGACGAGCACCGAUACAUAGCCUACACGUUGCUGCGAUUUUAACGUCGAAUUUGUUUUAGCCUACCCCUGAUCGAGUCCGGUAAACCACCGUCCGAGAUGGGGAAGGAGGUUAAUGGUGUUUCACGGAGCAGGUUUGAGAUGUUCUCAAACAGCGACGAGGCUGUUAUCAAUAAGAAGCUGCCCAAGGAGCUGUUGUUACGAAUCUUCUCCUUUCUGGAUGUGGUGACACUCUGUCGCUGUGCCCAGGUGUCGCGGUCGUGGAAUGUGCUCGCACUGGACGGCAGUAAUUGGCAGAGGAUAGACCUUUUUGACUUUCAAAGAGACAUUGAGGGGCGCGUGGUGGAAAACAUCUCCAAGCGAUGUGGGGGAUUCCUGAGGAAGCUGAGCCUGCGAGGCUGCCUGGGGGUUGGGGACAGCGCUCUGAGAACCUUCUCCCAGAACUGCAGGAACAUUGAGCUGCUUAGUUUGAACGGCUGCACCAAGAUCACAGACAGCACGUGUAAUAGCCUCAGUAAGUUCUGUCCCAAGCUCAAGCACCUGGACCUCGCCUCUUGUACCUCAAUCACCAACCUGUCACUCAAAGCACUUAGCGAGGGCUGUCCUCUGCUUGAGCAGCUAAACAUCUCCUGGUGUGACCAGGUGACUAAGGAUGGUGUCCAGGCCCUGGUGCGAUGCUGCCCCGGACUCAAAGGCCUUUUCCUCAAGGGCUGCACACAGUUGGAGGAUGAAGCGCUGAAGCACAUUGGAGCACACUGUCCCGAGCUGGUCACUCUCAACCUGCAGACGUGUUCACAGAUUACAGACGAAGGCCUCAUCACAAUAUGCCGGGGCUGUCAUCACCUGCGGUCGCUGUGUGUCUCUGGCUGUGCCAACAUCACAGACGCCAUCCUCCACGCCCUGGGUCAGAACUGCCCCCGCAUUAGAAUAUUAGAGGUCGCUCGAUGCUCUCAACUCACAGAUGUGGGAUUCACUACGCUAGCAAGGAAUUGUCAUGAGCUGGAAAAGAUGGAUCUGGAGGAGUGUGUGCAGAUCACAGAUGGCACACUAAUCCAGUUAUCCAUCCACUGUCCUCGUCUUCAAGUACUGAGCCUGUCUCACUGUGAGCUGAUCACCGACGAUGGCAUCAGACACCUGGGCAGCGGACCCUGCGCCCAUGACCGGCUGGAGGUGAUCGAGUUGGACAACUGCCCCCUGAUCACAGACGCCUCGCUGGAGCACCUGAAGAGCUGCCACAGUCUGGAUCGCAUCGAGCUGUACGACUGUCAGCAGAUCACCCGCGCCGGCAUCAAGAGACUGAGGACACAUCUGCCUAACAUCAAAGUGCACGCGUAUUUCGCCCCCGUGACUCCGCCUCCUUCAGUCGGGGGGAGCCGCCAGAGAUUCUGUCGCUGCUGUAUCCUGCUAUGAUGCAAAGAUGCCCCCCCCCCCCCCCCCCCCCCACCCGCCAAACCUCUGCUCCGGCUAGUCCCCCCUAUCCCCCCCCAUGCACACAAUAUGACUGCAGAGAGCGGGUGAGCAUUUAACCACCACAGGGGCUUGGAAGAACCUUUCAACGACGUUCCCAAGCCCACUCACAAAAGCCUUUGUCACAGACACACACACGGACACACACACACACACACACGCGCUCCCCCACACAUCACGACUGAUGUUAGGCUGCUGGGGCCGCUGUGCCGACUGCAUCACAUCGCACCAAGGCUUUCUUCAGACACUCUUCCCCGGGGACCUCUGUGCCCUUUUACUGAAGCGUGACCAAGAUACAUUUGGAUGAGACGUCCCACGUGUGCCACUGAGUGUUGGGUGGUUAACCAGAAACACGGUUUGGUAGAGAAGGCCUGAGAAUCUUUAACCCACUGACAAGCUACCUCUAGACAUGUUCCCCCGUAAGCCUCUGAAUUUUCACUGCCCCAUCCAAACCUGUGAGGUAGCUAGGUCAAUGUUUUACUGAAGGAAGAGUUGUGAUGUCAUCUACAGCCAUUUAAACUGCCU